AUGAUAAAGGCCUCCCUUGCCCAUUACAUCGGUUGCCCAAUAUCCAAGAGUUCACAACUUGCGUUACAAGCUGAUGGUCGUACUCCGCUCUCUAUUGUCGGCGAAACCCGCCUGUCAUUGUCCCGUAAUGGCAAGACCCUUACCCUCGAGGCUCUUGUUGUAGAAGACCUUGAUGUUGAUAUCCUCGCCGGAACACCUUUCAUGACCUGCAACGACAUUGCUGUCCGACCCGCAAAGCAUGAAAUUAUCAUCGCUGGUUCUGACAUUGUACCCUAUGGGUCCCCCAAUAGUUUCUUCAAAUACCAUGUUGUCAGAUAUUGUCAUGUAUUGCGUGCACCUCCUACGAACACCACUAUUUGGCCUGGUGGUUUCCUCGAGGUUGAUAUCCCUAUUGACUUUCCACCCGAUACCCAACUUGCUGUUGAGCCCCGGGUCGAUUCUACUUCGUGUCAAUCAAUUAAGUCCUCCCAUGCAUGGCCCCAACCCGGUAUUCUUGAGUCUGUCGGCAGAAAGCUUAGACUUGUCAAUUGUUCCACCGAGCCGAUCUUUAUUAAAAAGAACGACCACAUAUGCCAGGCUCGCCUCGUUACAAGCAGCUCCCCUCCACAAACGCAAGUGCCCAGCUCACCAGACCUUGGACCCCCACCCCUACCACUCCACACUCCUGGAUAUCAUUCAGAGCAAGUUUCCGUAGAUCCCGACGGCAUUUUCUCACCUGACGAGAAGCGCGACACUCUCUCUCUCUUGAAGGAGUUUGAUCGUGUAUUCGAUCCUGUUAUACCCGGGUACAACGGCGCCGCCGGUCCCAUCGAAGGUGUCGUCAACAUGGGUCCAGUUCAACCCCCCCAGCGAAAAGGUCGUAUGCCCCAGUAUGCUCGCGGUCAACUAGAGCAAUUGCAGACUAA